UUAGUUCUUAUUUGAAAAGAUAGGAAACGCUGAGCAUUUUUAAGAUUUUUAUAAAUAUAAUUUAUUCUAUUUGUUUUAAAUAAUAAAAGAGAAAAUAUCUCAAUUAUAUUAUUCAGUGAGUAAGAAUUCCGAAAUCACAAUGAUGAUAUAACAGCGCUACAGUUUCCGGGAUUUCGAGCAAUUGAUUUUGAAUCGAAAGAAAGUUGAAUGGCCACAAUGAUAAAAAUGAACAAGACAGUCUUCCUCGUUCGAGAGAUAAACAACACCGCAUCGUGCAGGUUCUAUUGCUUUACCGCAAAACCGCAAAAUAUGAAGAAUCCAUUUCCGAAAUGGUAUUAACCGUCAUACUUCCUGUCAUGGAAUCUCAGAGAUAGGCGGGAUUUCUUUCAGGAAUACACGAAUUGCGGUUGCAAUUCAAUUGUCAAUCGAACAUUUCUGGUGGAAAUUCUUUGCGAUGUGAAUUUUUCUAAAUCCCACCUGCGGACUUUCAAUUCAUUUUUAUAUCAGAAAUAUUAAGUCUGUCUGAAUUUGCAUGCGCGGCAAGUGUAAAGUUGUAAAAAAAUGCGAAAAUGUAAUGUUCGAAGAAACGGAAGGCCGUAGUGGGAAUGUAGUAUCGCAAACGCUUUUCGAGCGUGUGAUUCACGAACGAUCUGGCAACAACGGGGCCCAAGGAGCAGCGAUCUUGCGGGAGUACAAGUCUCUUGGGAUAGAGACAGAGAACAAUGAGCGGGAAAAGGAGCCGAAUAGGCUCCAGCUGUAGUGCGACUGAGUUAAAGAGACGACGGGAAGGCGGAAAGAGAGAAAGAGAGAAGAAACGACCGGCCGCUGAGAGUGCCCGAGAGGUAGCAUAGUCGAGCGCAAGGACCCUGGUCCAGCGCUCGUAAAACGAGUUCGUCUUGCGAGAUACGAAAGUUUUCCCCAAGAUUUUCUUCUCCACGGCGAAUUCUUCCUGUGAAGAAGUUACGAAGAUUCGAAAGUGACCGAAAGUAAAAACGUUCGUAAACAACAGUUACAAGAAGGGAUACCCAAUACAAGAUUCGACUGUCGGCUUAUCCAUGUGAUCUGCCAGGAGUUAAUUUCUCUCCUGCUCUCGACGAGCGUCUCGCCGAUCCGGUCGUGCGCGAAGGUAAGCGUUACCCGAUCGGACUUUUUGGCGAUUUUAAGAGGAGAAAUUGCCGAAUCCUAUCAAAAACACCGUCGAUUUGUAUACAUGACAAGUAAUCGUGACAAGUAUACAUGACAAGUCGUGACAAAUAAUCGAUUCCGAUUCGUAACCGGGUUCCAUUUGUAUAUGCGAGCACGUGUCAAGGGGCAAGCACGAGAACAAUGGGAACUAGAGCUGUUGCCGUUGCGGCGGCGGCAGGUGCUGCUGGAAUGUCUGGCGAGGCGGGGUUGGCUGGUGUUCCAAGACUGCUGGAGGAUCUGGCGCGACUCUCGGAGGAUAAAGACUCAGCUGAUAUCGUGUUCCUCCUAGGAAGGGACGAGACCCCAGUUUAUGCCCACAGAAUAAUACUUCAAGCCAGGUGCAAGAACUUCACGGCCGCCAAGAGGAUCGGCACAGCCAGUAAUCCGACGCCGGUACGAAUGCCGCACGCGCAUCCGGAAACGUUCCGCCAGUUUAUUCGUUACAUCUACACCGGUAUGAUAAUAUUACAAGACAGUGGGAUUUUUGAAAUGCUGGGUUUGGCACAAGAACUUGGCAUAGAAGAACUUUGGAGAAGUUGUGAGGAACAUGUAUCUGUUACUUUAAGUCCCGGGAAUGCAUGUGCACUUUUAACCGCCGCUUUGGAAGCUCAAGAGCGAGUUCCAGGCGGGAAGACUGCUUGCUCAUCUUUUAUCGAGAAAUGUUUCACUUUUAUUGGCGAAAAUGCUAUGGAUACAGUGAAAACGACGGCAUUCUGCAAUCUUCCGAAAGACGCUUUAGUAAAAUUAAUAUCGUCGGAUUAUCUCGGUUUGGAAGAAGAGGAUGUAUGGCGGGCAGUUCUAAAUUGGGCCAAAUAUCAGGCAGGAGUUACGCAACCCACACAACACUGGACCGAAGAAGAGCGCAUGAGGGUGUGCCAGCAUCUGUCUGGAGUAAUAAAUCACGUACGACUGUUGUUGAUCGACAGCCAGGUGUUUGCGGAGGAAGUAGAGCCGACCGGUGCGGUGCCGAUAGAGAUGUCGUUGGAGAGGUACGAAUUUUUCACUCCCGAUCGAUCGAGCAGCUCGAAAUUUCUAAGGUAUAGGUAUGCAGCUCUGCCGAACAAAUACUCGGAGGUCUGUGCCGAUAAGCGACUCCAGCCGCGAGUAAGUCCGUUCCUCUUCCCGGGUUCGCAGAUCCUCUCCAGAGACAAGGUUGGUUUUCAGCGGGUUCUGAAUCAGUGGUACGGCGUGUCGAAGCAGGGUUGGCGAUUGGUCUAUCGAGCGUCUACUCAUGGCUACUCAGCGGCGUCUUUUCAUCGACACUGUGAUAAUAUUUGCCCGACAUACGUAAUAGUGUUAGGUGUACGCGGCGAGAUAUGCGGAGGAUUCAGCGAUGUUCCAUGGGGUAAAACUAUUUCGAAGGCGCAGUACAUUGCUUCGGAGAAGAGCUUUCUUUUCACAUUGACAAAUAAUCAAGACAUACCGCCAACGAAAUUCGAUAUCGUGAAGAAAUCCUUCGCGAUCUGUUGUCAUCCGGACAUAGGGCCAAUCUUCGGUGCUGGAGCUGAUCUGCUUAUAUCAAGCAACUGCAAUGUCAACAAGGAAAGCUACAGCAAUCUUCCGCAUAGUUAUGAUGGAGAUCACGCAUCUAAUCAGCUACUUAUGGGAGACUAUCAUUUCUCGGUAAUCGACUACGAAGUUUUCACUCCAAGUCAUCCUGCUCCCAAAUCCAAUCACUGAGUUAAUUUAAUUAUCAUUAUAAAACCAACAUUUACAUACACGUCGCUUUUUCCUAGAUUUGCAAUGAAUUUUCUGUUCUCCGCGAUCAUUAUAUUAUACACCGAAAAAUGUCAAUAAUUUACCUAUCAUAUUUUACUCUUAUAUACGA